AUGGUCACCUUUAACAUUGAAACCGAUCUUGAUGUUGCAAAUGGGGCAAGGGGAGAAGUAGUGGAAAUCGUGUUGGACGAGCACAAGUUGAACUUUUCAUUGAGAAACGCUGUUGUGGAGUUGCAUUAUCCUCCGGCAUACAUUCUCAUCAAGUUGAACCGUACCAAAGCCGAAGUUCUGGAGAAUCUGGAUUCUGGUGUUCUGCCAUUGGUCCCCAUGCAGCGGACAUUUCGUAUUAUGAUUGGUGGCCAUGAAGAAGUUGUGACGCGGAUGCAACUGCCAUUGACACCAGCAUAUGCAUUUACAGAUUACCAAUCGCAAGGUCAAACAAUCAGCAACACAAUUGUCGAUAUCGCACAACCACCAAGUAGAGAACUUACACCAUUCAAUGUGUACGUUGCACUGUCAUGA